AUUUUAGCCUCGCUUUGCAGGGGAGACUCUUCUAAAGGCAGGUAACACAUUGAGCACUUGUCAUUUUUGUAAGAAAACCACUUCAAAACUAGGCAGAUAAAUGCAGCUCAAGCAAAGCUGAAAUAAGCCUGCAGCCAGAAAGUCUUGUAGAGGAACCAGCAGCAGCCGCCGUGGUUUUGUGCACACAGUCAAACAGGAAGUAAGAGACGCUUCUUGCUCUGCAGGGUUUUUUUUUUGUUUUGUUUUUUUUUCUUCCACCCCCUAGUCUUAAGUUUUUAUAGAGCUGUUUGUAGCCGCUUUCUCCAAAAAUACCUGUAUGUAUGGCAUCGUAUAACGAAAGUCUUCAGGCCGCCAGCACCUCGACAGCCUUGCAGAAGUUGGAGGGCUUUGCUAACCGAUUGUUCCAUCGAAAUGGGAAGCAUGGCACACAAGAACAGAGGACGGGUCUGGAACAAGAGGGCCAGCUGGUUUCUGAGAACACCUUGCAGUGGGACAGAGAAAUGAAAGAGUUUCUAGCCAAAGCCAAAGAAGACUUUUUACGAAAAUGGGAAAGUCCGCCCCAGAAUACUGCCAGCCUAGAUGACUUUGAAAGACAAAAAACGUUGGGAACUGGUUCAUUUGGAAGAGUGAUGCUAGUAAAGCACAAAGGAGCCGAUCAGUAUUAUGCCAUGAAGAUCCUGGAUAAACAGAAGGUGGUGAAGCUGAAGCAGAUAGAGCACACGCUUAAUGAGAAGAGGAUAUUACAAGCAGUCAACUUCCCUUUUCUGGUCAGGUUGGAGUAUUCCUUCAAGGACAAUUCAAAUUUAUACAUGGUAAUGGAAUAUGUGCCGGGGGGUGAAAUGUUCUCACAUCUAAGAAGAAUCGGCAGGUUCAGUGAGCCCCACGCACGGUUCUAUGCAGCUCAGAUAGUUUUAACAUUCGAGUACCUCCAUUCACUAGACCUCAUCUACAGAGAUCUCAAACCAGAAAAUCUUUUAAUCGACCAACAAGGAUAUAUUCAGGUCACAGACUUUGGGUUUGCAAAGAGAGUAAAGGGAAGAACUUGGACGUUAUGUGGGACCCCAGAGUACCUGGCACCAGAAAUAAUUUUGAGCAAGGGCUAUAACAAAGCAGUCGAUUGGUGGGCAUUAGGUGUUUUAAUCUAUGAAAUGGCAGCUGGUUAUCCUCCAUUUUUUGCCGAUCAGCCCAUACAAAUAUAUGAAAAAAUUGUUUCAGGAAAGGUACGGUUCCCAUCCCAUUUCAGUUCAGACCUUAAAGACUUACUAAGGAACUUGCUGCAGGUAGACCUGACUAAAAGAUAUGGCAAUCUGAAGAACGGGGUUAACGAUAUUAAGAACCACAAGUGGUUUGCCACUACAGAUUGGAUCGCCAUAUACCAGAGAAAGGUUGAAGCUCCGUUCAUACCAAAGUGCAGAGGGCCAGGCGACACCAGCAAUUUUGACGACUACGAAGAGGAAGACAUUCGCGUGUCCCUGACCGAAAAAUGCGCAAAAGAGUUUACUGACUUUUAGGAUGUGCAUUUAGAACGACACGGCAUCAGGGCUCACAUUUUUGGGAUCUUUGCACUCUGUUUUCAGAUGGGGUGGAGCUGAGACCAUCUUAUGUCAAAACAGUUACCUAGUUCCUUCAUUCCGCAAAGCUGACUGAAGUCUAGAGCGCCAUCUUCCAUGCGUGCGGUUUGCACCGACCCUAGUACCCCGGCACAACGACAAAAAAGCCUUGUUUGUGCCGUAACGCAGAAUACUAGACCACUGAUCUUGUGUUUCUUUUUCUUUCUUUUUAUUCCUUUUUUUUUUUUUUUCUUUUUUUUUUUUCUCUCUCAAUCCCGGUUCUGUUUUGCGUCUUGUAUGUUUCCCGGCCACCUCGUCCUCCUCACCGUUUUUAAGUAGUAUUUUACCCAACUUACACUCCCUUUUUAUUUCUGAUGUGUAAUGAGUGUUUGUGUGUGACUGCGGGAGAUGUUGCACUUAGUAAGGACUACAAUUGAUAAUGUUGUUGCCUCCAUUUUGUGCCACUUUGUAAUGAAUAUAUACAUAUAUAUAUAAUUUUCUUUCCUGUCCAUCUUCGUCUGAAGUUCCAGGUUAUCUUUCAUCACAGCAUUCAAAUAUAUAACAUAUUUUUUUAUUUUGUGAAGCUAAAAUUUGCGAGGGCCACUCAUCUACAUACAUGGUCCAUAUAAAGAAUGGCAUGUGUUGCAUUGGCACCAAUUGGCUUCUCUGUUUCCUAUUUCUAUGGCACAUUAGAAAUUUAAAGGAGAAGUUGAUGGUCGAGGGCAGCACAGGUUGUUCUCUUUUCUGACACUUUUACUUGCGCUUUCAGAUGUUUCACCUUGAAUGAAACAGACCAUGGUUGGUUAGAAGCUGACGUGGAUUCUGACCUUCGGUUAGCUAGACCAUUGCCCUGCCUCCCCCGCUGUAUUUUGUCUAUUGCCCACCUGUUUUUUGGGGGCAGGAUCUGUUUGUUACAUGACAAGGCGAUGCACGAAUCACUGAGCAGAGACAUCUGGCUGGUCUUGUCCUACAAAGUGUUAAAGUGUUGACUCACAUGACUUAAGUAAAUAAGUAUCGGCGUGUGGUAGCUCAUAGCAACCAAUCAGAAAUCAGACUUUGUGCCCCUCCCGGACUUGGCUGCCAGAAGUCCUUUGUAUCUUGCUGCGAGUUGCCUCACGCAUUACUCUUCACACUGGUAUUUAAUAAGGCCACUUGUGUGAAAAGAUGCGUUUUUAAUAUUGCUCUGCCUGCACUCUUAAAUAAAAGCUACAGUCAGUAUUUUUUUUUUUUUAAGGAAACAUAACCACAGUUAAUAAAAUGUGACACUAUUAUGACUCCUUAACUUGUUCUGUUUUCAGAAUUCAUUUUUUAUUUUAUUUUUUCCGUAGGAAGGCUAAUUCUAGCAAAAAAAAAAAAGAAAAACCUACAACAAUAAAUAUAGGCUGCAUUGUCAUUUGCUAUUGACCCCUCCUUAGACGUUGCUACUUUGGUUUGUUCCGGUUUACUAUAUUAGUAAACGGAGGAUGCGGUGCUGGCUAAGAUCAUGUAUCUGAAUGAAGAUUAUCACGGUGGUGCCACCAUUUUGAGCUGUAAUUUUCAAUCCCGUUAUGGGUUCCUCGCACAAAAUGCGCAGCACCGUGAGACAAGAGGCCGCACCGGUAGCAUUUGGGCCUAACCUCCCCAAUUGCAAUCUGACAGAAUAGCUUGCCAUUAGCAGCAGCAUUUUUUAUUUUUUUUUUAACCCCCGUUUCGAUUCCUUCUGCAGCCAAUGUUUUGCUCUGUCCCCUCCACUUGGUUUUGUUGCUCGUUUGUACACAUCAUAUAUAUAUAUUUAUCAGUGAACUGUCUUAAAACAGCACACUUGAAGCAGUCUCCAAUAAAUGUUAGUAAUUUUCUGAUCCA